AUGCCUGCGAGGACUGUCUCCGUCACGAAAGCCGUAAAAGAUGUCAAGCAGCGGUGGGAGUACCUUGCCCGGUGGCGCCGAGAAGGCAGCACCAAUCUUAUAUCAGCGUACAACCGCAAGUAUAGAGCAGAUCUGCAGGUAUUUGUCGGUGCCCACGGUGUCUCCCUCAGCGCUAAACAGCUCGAUGACUUGCCAUCACCGGAAGAUGUCAUUCACCUCAUGAUAUCGGCAAAGAGGCCGUGCACGAAAACUCCGAAAAGCAAGGCAAGCCUUCCAGCGGGGGAGAUCAGCGUCCCUACCAAGACUGCAAAGCUCUCCGAGAAGCGUAAGGCUGAGAACGAUCCGUCGUCCGACAUGCGUAGCCUCAAGCAGCCGAAGUUGCCUGAUGCUACGAGCUCGAAGUCACCUCAACCGGCCCAAAGCAUUCAACAGCCGGGCCAAAAGCGUAGUGCCGAGACUGAUCCGGAGGGUCUUCGGUCUACUAAGCGAGCCAAACAAGCGCAUAUUCCCUUCUCCGGCCUGAUCAACCAUGCACAGGCUUGCUACUCCAUCGCGUCCAUCCAGUUUCCCGACGCUGCCACGAGGAGACAGGAGCUUCGAUCCUUGUUCGGAGAUGGUGAAAAGCCGGACGCCUUCGCUACUUCUCGGAGCAUCCACGGCUAUUUGCCGAACACCAGCCGCGAACGAGACCACUGCGCAAUGCCGCUCAUAGCUUGCGUUACGCCGUCCGAGUGGCUGCCGGAGAUGCUGGAAUCGAGAGUGGCAAGCGAGCAGUCUGUAUCAGCCUACCUCCUCCAGACCGUAUUCGCGUUCGGUGGGCCCGGGGAUUUGCCCGUCUCCAUUAGUGGAGAGAUGAGGGACGUUUGUGAAAAGGCUUGCGGGCACAUGGCAACGCCGCAAACGACUGAAAGCAACUACCACGGCAUCACCGUGCCUCUAUCUAGUGCUGUGAAGGGGCCAGCAAGCCUGGCGAGCGUAUUGAACGCCUCGCUCAGAAGCGAGACGGAGCAGACCUGUCCGGUUUGCAAGGACAACCACCUUAUGAGACAUUCAAAGAUCACAUCCGACCCAGAAAGACUCGUCGUGAAGCUGGAGCGUGGUACUUCUGACGCCGGAAAGCUCGCCAAGUCUCAGGCCGCGGUGGACUGCAAUAACACCAGCGAUUCCACUUUUGGAGACUCGAGAUACGAAGUCACCGCCGCCAUUGUGCGCCAUGGCGCCUCUACUCAGGUGGGAAACUACGUUGUCUUUAGGGAGCAGGGUAAAAGACGGCAAGGUGGGCUCGUCGAGCAUGCUACUCCUGCAGAAGAAGCAAUCAUAGGGUGCCAUAGCUGCCACAUGGCGGAUGGUGCUAGCCAAAUUGAUGCAAGUCGUAGGCAUAUUCAGUGCCGGACACAGGUACUCAUGAGUGUGGGAAUGGCACGUAGUUUUAAAUGCAAUGCCGGUGACGAUGACUUGUACUGGCGCAGGUCGAGCCUUCAAUCUACAACUUUAUGCCAUAACAUGCGGCGGUUAUUGCAAGAUUUGAUCAUGGCCAUCAUAACGACGUACAAGGCCAUUGAACAUAUUCCAUUGAGGAUGGAAUCCGACAUCCUGGAUGGUCUCAACGCUGCUCAACGUACUGCUGUGACUUCUGACGCCGACGUGCUUCAAGUGCUCGCACCGCCUGGUUCAGGAAAGACCAAGACACUUACAGCUCGAGUAGCAUGGCUACUCGGGGACAGGCAACUCAAGCCAUGGAACAUUAUAGUCUGCACGUUUACUGUCAAGGCGGCGAGCGAGAUGAAGCAGCGUAUCACAAAUUUCGUCGGCGAGGAAUGCGCGAAGCAGCUGAGGCUAGGUACCUUCCAUUCAGUAGCCGUACGGUAUCUGCGGCGUUAUGGCCAGCUCAUCGGUCUAAAUAAGGACUUCGGCAUUGCAGAUGCGUCAGACAGCAAAGCCAUCAUUAAGCGAAUUAUCAAGCAGCAGGGCUUGACCAUUGAUGAUGGCCCUUCACGUAGCAGGAUCUCAGCGCAAAAGGCGAGGGGCAUCAACAGUCAGCGCUACGCACAGGCUGCGAAGAAGGCCGACCAAGAGUUCCUUCAAGUGUACCAAGAGUACGAAGCGACGUUAGUUGCUUCGAACCUCCUGGACUAUGAUGAUCUUAUUCUGAGGUGCUGCGACUUACUGCGGGCCCAUCCUGACUGCGUGGCCAAUGUCGAAGCGCUACUCAUUGAUGAGUUUCAGGACACGAAUACCAUCCAAUACGAGCUGAUGGCACUCUUCGCUCAGAGGCGCAACGUCAUCACGAUUGUUGGAGAUCCGGACCAGAGCAUCUACGGCUUCCGAUCAGCAGAGAUCCAGAACCUGAACCGCAUGACCAAGCAGUGGCCGGACACGCUGACCAUCAAUCUUGAGGAGAAUUACCGUUCGUCUGGCGCCAUCCUACAUGCUGCUCAGCACAUCAUAGAGCAGGAUACGGACCGCCCGCCAAAGAAGCUGCAAGCGACGCAUACCUUCGGCCUCAGACCUGUGCUGCGGAAGCUGCCCUCUGCGCCUGCCGAAGCAGCAUGGCUUGUCGCGGAAGUCAAGCGCCUGAUGGCUUUGACCGGUGACCUGCUGCAACCCAGCGACUUCGCAGUGCUUCUGCGUUCCGCAGCGUUAUCCAGAGUUAUAGAAUCAGCUCUUGGCAAGGAAGGCGUACCGUAUCGCAUGAUUGGUGGUACGAAGUUCUAUGACCGUAUCGAGGUGAAAACACUGAUAGACUACCUGCGUGUCAUUGCUACGCCGGACAACAGUGAGGCUGUUGAACGGGUGAUCAAUGUACCGCCUAGACGGAUUGGGGACGCAUCAGUUGAGAGCUUGCAUAAAGAGGCACGCAAGUUGAAUAUUAGUCUCUGGCGACUUGUGCUGGACACAGCUCAGGGCCGCUCCAAGCCCACCACUAAGCUACCCUCGUCGACCAUGAAAGGACUUGAAAGCUUUGCAGACGUAGUCCUCACUUGUCGGAAGAAGCUGGCUAACGCGGAGGGAGCGUGCUUGAUAGAGCUCAUCAAUACCGUGCUCAAGAAGCUUUCCUACCAGGACUGGCUGAAGAAGAAGUAUCCUGAUGACCACGAUACGCGCUGGACUAAUGUGGAGGAGUUGCUCGCUCAGGCUACGGAUGCUUCAGAGUCUGGCCGGAUGCAGGCCGAGUUUGAGAACCAUUCGCCCACCCCCGCCGUAGAGCAGGAGCCAUUAACUUUAAACGACGCACUCUCGGCGUUCCUGGCUAACAUAGCUUUGACCACCUCGAGCGCAGAGAAGACUGAACACGAAGGCCAGCCGACACAGCAAUUGACUCUGUCUACCAUCCACGCCGCCAAAGGGCUGGAGUGGCCGGUUGUCUUCAUCCCAGCAUGCUAUGACGGCUCGAUACCACAUUCUCGUGCCGAAGAUCAUGACGAGGAGCGGCGGCUGCUAUAUGUCGGCAUGACACGAGCGCAAGCAGUCUUGUACCUCAGCACGCCACUAAAGGAUUCGCAGAGGGCGGAGACGUGUACAUCGAAGUUUCUGACAGAGCCUGGUGUCGCGAGGUUUUUCGAAGAGCACGGGCCAGCCAUCGCAGGGCGAGAUGUGCAAGGUCUUGCUCGAACACUUCAUCGUACCUGCCCAGAUACCGCGGCGAUCCGGGCGACCGCGCAGUUUCUGGCACGCGACCAAGACAAUUACUGGCCACUGGACGGCGAGGAGCCUCCUGAAGAACGGGACAAAUGGAACUACGGCCGACAAAGUACGAUUUCAGCUGCGUUCGGAGGGUUCCAAGCUGCGUCCUCCGUAUUAACCAACGCUGCGACUGCCGGGCAACAACACGUCCUCUCCACGGCCAAUGCUACAACGCAGCCAGGUUUCGUCAGCUGUAGGGAUCGCUACCAGGAGGCACUAGGGGAGGCGCAGCUAAAGAAGGUUGACAAACGAGCCGAGGAGCAGGCGAGAGCCUCAGCCGCGAACAAGCCGAAAGGCCGUAAACGGCAGAUGGAGGGUCAAGGAACGCUGUCGAGCUUCUUCGGCAAGCCGGAUGCGUCAACCUCAGCAUAUCAAGACAAACGUACUGACAGUCAAGACGAUCCUGCUGCAAGUGCUCGGACGCUCCGCUCGCCGAGCUAUCCAAUUCCAGCACGAACCGAGGCGAUACCGUAG